AUGUCAGGUGGUCAAUUACCAGAUAGAUCCCAUCCUGCCAUGUCCAACCAAGCCGUCGACACUCCUGCCUUGAACCUCAAUUCAAACGGCAUCAACGGUGCAUCUCUAGUACCAACUCCUGACCCAGUUCUACCCAUCAACGGCUUUGCUCAGGUUCCUGAUCCUUCAUUUAUCAACAUGCCACUCCCUGUCAAUGGAGCCGACCCUUCAAUGUUUGCCAUGCCACCCGUACCUCAGCAAGACAUGUCCAACGACGAGAUUGCCCUCUACGACCGGCAAAUAAGAAUAUUAGGUUUUCAGGUUCAAGAGAAGUUGCGCCGAGCAAACGUCCUUCUGAUCGGACUCAAAGCACUGGGGACUGAGAUUGCCAAAAAUUUAGUGCUUGCGGGAGUGGGAACAUUGACAAUUCUUGAUGGUGAACUGGUCACGGAAGAGGAUCUGGGCAGCCAAUUCUUGGUCUCUGAAAAGCAGAUUGGACUCAACAGAGCAGACGCCGCCUUGCCCGAAUUAAAGAAACUCAAUCCUCGUGUUGAAUUAUAUGCUGAUCCAACCCCGGUUGUCACCAAAGACCCUGAAUACUUCUCAAGCUUCGAUAUCACAAUUGCCACAGACCUCCUCAUGGAUAUUCUGAUCAGCGUCAACAUGUCGUGCAGAGUUCACCAACGAAAGUUCUAUGCAGCAAACACUUAUGGAAUGUACGGUUUCGUCUUCGCAGAUCUAAUUGUCCAUGAUUACAUUGUCGAGAAACCACGGAGCAACAAGCCCGCCAAGGUUGGAGAUAUGGAUUCGUCGACAAAUCUGGUCACUGGUGUCAUGUCCAAGAAGGAAGGUGAGACGGAUAUCGAUAUCAUCACCCAUCAAGAAACCUACUCUCCGUUGCAACUGGUCAAUUUGUCUCCCUUAUCGGCCAAGAUCAGAAAUACUCGCAGAAGUCGUGUCCGGGUUCCUCCACUGCUAUCAUGCUUGCGCGCCCUCUUCGAAUUUCAGACUCGAUCAAAUGGAAGAUUCCCCGGACACAAUCAGGCGGAUCUUGCAGUCUUCACCCAAUUGGUCAACGAGAAGCAUCUAGAACUUCAAUUACCGAUCGAGACUCUACGAGCCGAAUUUCUGCGAAGUUUCUUACAGAAUCUCGGUUCAGAACUGAGCCCAGUGGCUGCUUUCCUUGGUGGCUUUAUUGCUCAAGAUGUCAUCAAUGUACUUGGUCAGAAGGAGCAGCCUCUACAAAACUGGUUGUUGUUCGAUGGAGAAGAAUUUGCAGCCUCACCUUUCAGCCUUCAUCCUAUCAACGAUGAUGCCAUGAGCAUGAUCAGCACUAAUGGAAUGGCAGCUUUGCCAGUGGAUGGCUCUAUCCCAGUUGCCUAA